AUGCGGACCCAACCGGUCGAUAUUCUCCAUCCCUCGCCGACGAAACCCAAUCAUGAUCAAGUUUGGGACCAUUUCGCUGCCUAUUGGAGCCAUCAGCUAAAACAAGUCGUGGACCUGAUCUGGCCUGUCAUGAUCAACAUGUUCUUGACCUUGAUUGGAUGGUGCUAUGUUUAUGGCAUGAAGUCGGAUCAAAAUGAAAUGAUGUCGCUGUUCCAGGACAGUGGCAGUGUAUUUUAUGAUGGCGUGGUAGGUUUUGGGUUUUGUAAAGAAAGUUCUUGUCAUUUUUAUUUUUGUAAAGAAAGUUCUUUCUAUUUUAAGUUUUGGAAAGGAAGUUUUUGCUAUUUUUUUUAGUAAGACGGUUUCUUUUGUUUUCUGCAACCUGCAGGUGACAUUUUAUACGACGAAUCUCAUUUUAAUGCCAUUUUUAGUUUUGUAAAGAAAGUUCUUGCCGUUUUUUGUUUUGUACAGAAAGUUCUUGCCAUUUGUUUUGUAAAAUACGGUCUUGCGCAGAUAGUAUGGAUGCUGUUUCAGAUUAAUGGAGUGAUGUGUUUGGGAUCAGUAGCCGGUCUGAGCUUUGUGAUGGUGGUUUUGGCGAUUUAUCAAAUGAAAAAGUUUAUUCAAUUCUGGCUCACAGCUUCUUGUUUACUCAUCACUUUUGGCGUCUCUUUCAGCUUUUUUCAGUGAGUUUUUAAAUUUAAAUUUUAAAAAUUUAAAAAAUAUUUUGAAAUUUAAAACUUCUUUAAAAAUUUUUUAAAAAUCAAAAAACUUUUUUUGUAAAAUACGGUUGUGUUUUUUUUGUAGUAUAUAAAAUCUCCAAAUUAAAAAAUUUUUAAAAUUAAAAUUUUUUUAUUUACAUUAUUCUUCAAAAUUUCUUAGAAAAAAUUAUUUUUUUGUGUAAAAUACGGAUUGUCCCCUCUGUCCACACUAAAAAGUUUUAAAUUUUAAAAUUAAAAAAAAUUUUUUUAAAUUUUGGUUUUUUUUCAAAAUUCUAAAAAAAUAAAAAAAAAAUUUUUUUAAAUACGCCUUGGACCUUCAGUACGUUCUAAAAAUUUUUCAAAUUUUAAAAUUUUAGUGUAGCGGCUCAAAAAUUCCUGGAAAACCACGCCACUCUUGCUGCAGUAAUCGUUACCUUGGUCUAUGGCCUAUUUGGAGUUUUGGUAGGUUUAAAAAAUGGGAUAGGGUGGAUUUUUAGGGUAGUUUAGGAAAAGACAUGAUAGGGUAGGAUGAAGUCAAGGUAGGGUUUAGAUUGGGGUGCGUUGGAGACGGCAGGGUAUGGUAGUUAAAAGGUAGGGUAGGGUAGGGUAGGGUAGGGUAGAAUAGGUAAAAUACGGUUGGGUAUAUUAUUUCUGUUUAUUACAGGCUUUCUUCACGACCAAGCUCAAGAUUGGUGUACAUCAAUUCUAUGUGGUAUGUAACUGCUCAUUAGUGUCAAUGUUCUAUCUUCGCGUUUUGCCUGGUUCAACUGCUUGGUUUCUACUCAGUAGCAUCAUUAUUUGGGGUAAGUUACUUUUAAUAAUGACAUUCUCUGACCUUUUUUUUAAUUAUUUAAAAAUUUUUGACGAUAUGUCAAAUUUCAAAAAUCCAAUAAUUUUUGUGACAUUUUGUUACAUUCUGCACCAAACUUUAAAACCACUAUAACAUAACGUAAAAAUUUAAAAUUUAUGGUAAAAUACGGUUUAUUUCAAAAAUUAAAAUACAUAUACGGUUUUUAGAAAUCCAAUAAUUUUUGCGACAUUUCGUCAAAUUUUUAAAUAUUCGUUAUAAUGCCAUUUUAGACAUAAGUAACCUACUUUUUUGUUAAAAUUAUGUCAUUUUGAAAACUAUAAAUAUGAAAAUCAAUGUCAUUUUUAGAUAUGUUUGCUGUUUUGACACCAUUGGGACCACUGAAGCAGAUAACCGGCUUUGCCCACGACUAUGGUGAAGAUAUUUUGAGGUUUUUGAUGUUUUCCACCGGUGAAGAAGAGACUAAACAAGAAGAAAAACGGCUAGUCAAAUCUAAAAUGAAGAAUGAAAGCGGUCAAAAAGUUUAUAGAACUCUGGAAAAUGAAGAUUUUGGCCAAGAAAUGACAGAAACUGUAGAAAUUAGAGAAAAAACAGUAGAAAUUAAGGAAAAAGACGGUCAAAAAGUAUCAAGAACAUUUGAAUUUGAAGAAUAUUAUGGUCAAAAAGUUUACAGAAAGCAUGUUAAAGCUUUAGAAGAAGUUUCAGAAUCAUCGGAAGCCUCUGAAGAGAGAUAUGAAGAAAGAAUGGCAGCUGGUUUGGAUAUUAGGAGAGUUCAAGAUGAAGAAGAAAUAGAUCAAAAUGGUGAACUUGAUGACAAUUUUGAUAACACUGAAGACUCAGAUGACAAUUUUAAUGAAGAUGGAGGCAAUGGUGAUCAUUUGGAGUCAGAAUCAGAAGAAAGUUUUGAUGAGAAUGAUGUGGAAGAAAUAGAAGAAGAAGAAGUAGAACAAAAAGAAGUGAAAGUCAUUGGAAAGACUGCUCUUGAUGCUCUGAAUGAUUGUAAGUUGACUAGACUGAACAUGUCUUACAGUAUAAAAAAGUAGUGAAAGGUAGAUUUAAGAAGGGGCAUGCGUAGAAGAGAGAGUAGGUUAAGACGGGGCUCCCAAGAGUAGAGCAGGGUAGCGUAGGGUAGGGUAGGAUAGGAUAGGGUAGGGUAGGGUACGGUAAAAUACGGUUUAACUUAUUAAGAAAAUUUCAUUUUCAGCCUCAGCUAGACUAGGAAUGGGUGAUUUUGUCUUCUACAGUCUUCUAAUUGGCCAAGCCGCGUCUUCAGGAAGUAUUAUGGGCACAAUCGCACCUAUGAUUGGAAUUGUCAUUGGAUUGGUGGUGACUUUGACCUUGUUGACAGAUGGUGACGAGACUACUCCAGCUCUGCCUGUAUCAGUAUUCUUUGGCAUUGUGCUUCAUUUUGGCACGGUUUACCUGGUUGAGCCGUUUUUAAAUCAAAUUUUGAUGAUUUAA